AUGAAACAUUUCCGGUACAUUUCAGUACUAAAAAUUUCAUCAACCUUGUCUUUAAAAAGUGUACCUCAAGGACCAGAUUUAUCGUUUUUUCUUAAGACUGCUAAAGAAGAACAUAAAUUCGCAAAAAUUGAAACCAGAACAGGACAUCGGUUUAAAUAUGAUCCCUAUUUUACUAGACUACGUCUUCCUUCUUGGCUGCAAACUAAAAUUCCUACUGGUAAAGAUUACUCAAAGAUGAAAAUGUCUUUAAAAUCAGAAAAACUCAGUACAGUUUGCCAGGAAGCCCGUUGUCCAAAUAUAGAAGACUGUUGGGGCUCAAAAAGUGGAAUCUCCACAGCCACAAUUAUGAUAAUGGGUUCGGAAUGCACACGUGCCUGUCGUUUCUGUUCAAUAAAAACAAACCGAAAUCCUCCUCCACUAGACGAAUUGGAACCAAUAAAAACAGCCAAAUCAAUUAUGAGUUGGGGUGUCGAUUAUGUUGUAAUUACGUCCGUUGACCGAGAUGGUAUAUUACACUUAUGUUAUAUAGACCUUCAUGAUUAUGGAAGUUCUCACUUUGUAAAAACGAUCAAAGAGAUUAAAAGAUUUGACAAUAAAGUGUUUGUCGAAUGUCUUGUCCCAGAUUUUGGUGGAAAUUACGAUUGUAUCAAUCAAGUUGCAAAUUCUGGUCUCGAGGUUUUUGCCCACAAUAUCGAAACCGUCCCUGAAUUAAACAGUCUGAUUUACUUUUCCAUUUCUAGCUCAGUGCGAGAUCCACGUGCUAACUUUUCUCAAUCUUUAGCCGUUCUAAAACUUGCAAAACAAUUUCGUCCGUCAUUAAUUACUAAGACUUCAAUAAUGCUCGGACUGGGGGAGAGUGAUCAACAGGUUAUGAAUACUUUGGAAGGUAAAUAUAUUUUUGGCAACAAAAUAGAACUAAGACUAGCUUCUGUUGACUGUCUCACUUUUGGACAAUACAUGCAGCCUACGAAAAGACAUUUAAAAGUGAAAGAAUACGUGACUCCAGAAAAAUUCAACUAUUGGAAAGAGAUUGGCGAUAAAUUUGGGUUUUUAUAUACAGCAAGUGGGCCGCUUGUUCGAUCAUCUUACAAAGCUGGUUGA